UUUUAAUGGGUGCGUCAGCGGGAGAGAGGCACCACGGGCUUUAAUCAUCUCGGUGGCAGCGUUUCAUGUUUGACAUAAUUGCCAAAGUCUUCCUCUAUCUUGGCAUAGCAAUCGUCACGCCAACGGUGGUUGCAAUCUUAUUCGACGUGUCAUUUUAUCUGUGGCGAAACAUCUCGGAAGCUGUGACUCCUCGCAAGGCAAUCAAGACACAAUAGAUUCCAGCAGCAGCCUGUCAAGCAAUCAGCUCAGCUUGCUUGUGUAUAAUCCUUCGCAAUCCUCACCACAGCCAUUGUUCAUAAUAUACCAUACAUUUAAUAAAUGGAAAACAUCGUUUUUGUUGUUGAUUCUCUCUAUAUUACUCUAUACAAAUGCACUUGACUAAUUUCGUCCACGUCGUCUUCAGAUAGCUCGCUUUCAAACCAAUGCGACGAGUAGUCUAAUUUGAUCUGCUUGACCCAGCCUCCAAGGGUCUUCUUAACAGGCAAACCAGCUUGUUUCAAUUGAUCUUGAAGCGAAGGCAACGUAACAAUAAGGAGGCCUUGCUUUUUACUCGUUUCCUUGCGAAUAUAUCGCCAGAUUUGCUUUUGAACGUCCAAAUCAUUGAAGAAUUGGAACACAUUAUUCAUGACAAUAAUAUCAGCCUGAGCAAUCAAUUGUGGGACAGUCUGGAUAUCAGCUUGAACCAACUAAAG